AUGGAAGACGUCAUAUCCCACGAGCAGGAAUGUGCUCUUGCACGCCGCACUAUCACCCCUUCUGACCUGGCCGAAUGGCAAAACAUUGCCUUUGACGAUGCGAGUCGCUUUGGGGACGUGCGCGCCUUCAUCGGGCCCACGGAAGCAGAGGCCUGGCCUCUCAAAUUCAAGCGGCUUACUUUCGUCGACUCUCGAAACCCGUCCGCCAAUUGUAAAUGCUUUGCUCUGUCCACCGAUCACAAGCUUCUGGCGGCGUCGUUUGAGAGCUGUGAACUCCUUGUGUGGCGCGACAACUUACUAGUCCAACGCCUAUUUUACCAAGGUCAUACAGACCAUGUCUCUUCCCUUUCAUUCUCCCCGGUCGACCACGCCCUUGCCUCGGGGUCCAUAGAUACAACCGUGAUUAUCUGGAAUACUCGGCUUGGGAACCAUUUUAUGCGUCUGGGGGGACAUGAUGGACCAGUGCGCCGAAUCGCACACACUCCUCGUGGGACGCUCAUCGCCACCGCUGUUGACAACAAAUCUGUGAAAAUUUGGGACGCCUCGAACGGAGCAUUCCUGCAUUCCUUCGAUGUGAGCGACAGAAUAAACGGCCUCACCUUUUCCCCGGACGACUCGCGGCUCCUCGUUCAGCUGGUGGACUCCUGCGUUCUGUAUGAUGUCCAUACCCAUACGCACAUCGAUGGACUACACCAUGGUCUCGCGACAUUGUUUGCGGGGUCAAUGUCUCACCAAGGAGAUCGUGUCGUCACCGGACCAGGGAGCUCGGGUCAAGUGAAGAUUUGGAGCGCGGUGACUGGUGAAGAGCUUCUCACCAUCGGUCAUCGGAGAAAUCUCGCGAAUCCUCUGAUAUUCUCUCCAGACGACACCGAGGUGUUGGCAUCUUGCUACGAAGACGAGACAGUUGCUGCGUAUGACUCGUGGACAGGCGAGCCACGUCGUGUCUACAGCAUUUCACAACGUGCGUUUCGUAUGGCGUACUCUCCUGAUGCACACUACGUUGCCUUACUCGCCAGAGACGGAGGCUUACAAGUACAUGAUACGAAGUCUGGGGCAUUUCUCGCGAAGUUUGAAAGUGGCGAGCAGAGCCGCGAUAACAAGGAAAUUCGUUUUUCAUCAGACAAUCAAACCGUUCUGACGUAUUUUCCGCGAGGACUUUUAGCUCUGUAUAACAUUCGCGACGUGCUACGACUGCGGUAG